AUGCUCAAAUUGAAGGCUCUCGCCCACCUGACAUCUCCUAGUCGCAAGCACAAAGGGAUGAACUCGGCUGAACUAUCUGCAAAUCUACUCCUAAAGGCACGGCAGCAAGCUGCUAGAGAUCGCAAGGAACGAAUCGACGAGCUGAGGGCGAGGGGAAUUGUCAUUGAAACAGCCGAAGAACGUGCUGCUAUGGAAGACGAUAUCGAGGACAUGAUGGAAAAAGCUCGCCAGGAAGCUGACGAAAUUGCACGUCAAGAAAAGGCAGAAAAGAAAACCGCUCAUGGCCUCGAUUACGUCAGUGACAAUGAACACGAAGACUACUAUGAACUUUCAGGUUCAGAGGAUGAUGAAGGAGAAGACGGGGACGACGAUAUGAACGAGGCCGAGGACGGCAAUAAUGACUCUGACGUUGCGAACCGCACAGAGUUUUUCGACAAAGAGGCUAGCGAGGAAGACGAUUCCGCCAGUGAGGACCUUUCCGACGACGACGGUAUGUCUGAUACGGAGCAUUCGGUCGAGGCCUCGAGUGGUCGACGAGUGCGGCGGAGUCGGGUGAUCGAUGAUGACGAAGAAGAUGAGCCACAAGUGCCUACCACGCCAAUGAAGCAAACAGCCGCGAAUCCGCAAUCGGUGCCGCAGUCUCUGCAGCGACCACUGUUCCCCGGGAUGGAGACACCUGGAGACGUUUCCAUGGGACUUACGCAAGCUUUCGCAGGUACCCUGGCAGACGAUCAAGACGACUCAAGCCAGCAAGGCCAUUCCACGAUACCGUCCACCCUUCCUGACCCCGGUGGUCCUGUUCCCCGACUGCGUCAUGAGGAGUCCGAGAUUCUUGUGGCUGACAGUCAGGAGCAGCCCCUCGAGUCUGAUUCCGUGCCUGGCUACGCUCCGAACGUGAGCAGAGUGUCCGAGUCGCCUGCUACGCACCGCUUCUCGCAAUUUUCCCAAAUGCCUGAUCCCACACAAGAUCAAGGAUUUGUGUAUUCGCCAUUCGACCCGACCAAGCGCUUCCGUGAGACUCCACCUGUCUCGACUGUCGACACUGUUCUCGUCGGUCAAAGUCAGUCACCCGGUGCGGAACGUAAGGUAAGGCUACUCAAACGUGGCGGCCGCCCUGCGAACCUUUCAAUGGUGGAAGAGGUCGAGCAUGAGGAUGGUUUCGAGAUCAGUGCCGAUGCCUUUAAUGUAAUGAAGAAGGGGUCGAAGAAGACGGCUGUUCCUUUCGACAAGAAGACUAGCAAAGCCAGAAACAUCAUCGAUGAAGCUGCAGAGGAAUCCGAGGAUGAAUACGCUGGUCUUGGAGGUGCAAGCGACGACAGCGAAGGCGAAGAGGAUGCCUACGACCAGCAGAUGAUCAACGACCAGAGUGGAGAGACUGUCGAUGAAAAGCAGCUAGCUGCGAUGAAUGCCUUGCAUCAACGCGAGCGCGACGAGAAGGAAGUUGCCAAGCUAUACAAAGACAUCACCACAGGAGCCUUCCGCCGUCGACGUGGUGGCGACGACGAUCUUGAUCUUGAUGAUUCAGAUGAUGAACGCCGGGCUCGCCAACGCGAGAAGCAACGCGAAUUUGCCAAAAUGCGACGGGCUCUUCUUGCAGACGACAAGGUCGGGCAGUUGGCCGAAGAUCCGAAAAAGGCCGCUUUCUUCAAAGCCAUUGAAGAUCGAGACGCAGACGAUGACUUUGAGCUGGACUUCCUCGAGGAUAAGCCCGGAGACUCCCAAAACGAAGCUUCUUCUCAAGACCCGACUAAGGAUCAAAGCGAGUCAGCAGACGACGGCAAGAAGCGCAAGCGUCCUCUCGAAGUGUCUGCUGAAGAUGCUACUAACCGUCCACCGCCUCAUCUUCGCCGAACUCCCGCCAACGCCAUGUCCAAGAAACCCGCAACCUUAGCGGAAAUUCGGGAGACACUGUCAUUCUUGACUGAAACUCAUGAUUACGACUCAUUCCACGAGGAUGCCUCGAUUGACGACGAAGAGCCCGCUGAGGAGGAAGCCAGAUCAGCGAAUGGCAACGACGAAGCAAUGUCCGAAGACGCUGCACCGCAAUCCAAAGAUGGUUUCGCGAUACCUAGCCACCCUCGUCGCACACGAGGUACAGUGGUGGACCGUCUCGCUCUCCUCCGCCAAGCCUCAUCCAACUCGGCUACUGCCACUAACUCUGGAGCGUCUUCGAACACAAAAAUGGCCUUCCAUAGCGGAGCCACAGCCGACUCCCCUGUUGGGUUCCGUCCACCUCAGCUUUUGCGCCGUAUGAACACUGGCUCCUCUGCUUCGUCUAGCUCAAGCACAGCCUCUACAGGCGGCAGCCGUGUUUCCCAAGCCGCGCCCUCGGGUCCCAAGAAGGGUGGAGCGAUCAAUUCCUAUACCGCUGCCCGUGAAAAAGAGCGUGAGAAGCAGCUUCGAAUGAAACAGCGCAGUGGCGGUUCAAAUAUUGCCAAGCUGUUGGGAAAGCAUGCUGGAAAUGGAUUGGGUGCCCUCGCUGGAAAGGGGCAGUGGGAGUAG